AACACACGUGUGGGGGAGCAGUAACAGUGAAACAUGGGAAACAGAAAACGACGACGUGGGAGACAAAAAUAUUAUAUUAUAUGUUGGUCAGAGAGGCAGAGAUGGCGGAAAUGGCGGUUUCUGUGUAGGAAAUUCAAAAACCCUAAACGGAGUAACAGCAGAGGAGAACGGAAGGGAAGAGGUUUGGGGGGACAAUAUAUUAUCUGCCCAGUCCGAGAAACCGAGUUGUUGGCUGAAAUGGCGGCUGUCAUGUCCGUGUUGAAAAUUAAAAAACCCUAAAACGAAUAAGCAGUUUUGAAUUCACAAUUUGUUAACGUUGUGAAGAGAAAAACAUGAAAUUUUGGCUAAGACCUCCAUUUGCUGUUAGUCAGCGUCUUCGUCAUUGUCUGUUCCAAGGACCUCCACUUUCCUCUCUGCUUUGCUCCUCCUUAUGCCAGAAAGGAAGACAACGUGCAAUCACCUUUUUUGGUAAGAACACCCAUUGUUUUUCUUCCAUAGUUGAAGUUUCAGAAUUUGAACAUGACGGCCUCCAUGAUGAUGCCAGAGCAACAGAGAAAGAUACUGCAUUACGCUUGGCUCUUUCUCAGCUUGCCAGUGAAUUUGGUGGAGAUUCUAUGUUGUCUUUGCAGCGUUUUUUUGGCUUCCGACGUGCACCUGUGAUAUCUACUGGAUCAUUAAAGCUUGAUCUGGCUCUUGGAAUUGGAGGAUUACCAAGAGGAAGAGUUAUUGAAAUUUAUGGGCAAGAAGCAUCUGGCAAGACUACACUUGCACUUCACAUCAUUAAGGAAGCUCAAAAGCUUGGAGGAUAUUGUGCAUAUUUUGAUGUAGAGAAUGCAAUGGAUCCUUCACUUGCUGAAUCAAUGGGUGUAAACACUGAAAAUCUUCUUCUUUCACGGCCCAGUUCUGCUGAAAAGUUGCUCUGUGCAGUCAAUACUCUGACUAAGAGUGGAUCUGUAGAUGUAAUUGUGAUUGAUAGUGUAGCUGCACUUGUUCCUGAAUGUGAGCUGGAUGUUUUAAUUGAUGGUGCAUAUGGAGAUGGACAAUCACGAAUCAUGACCCAAGCCCUCCGUAAAAUACAUUAUUCGUUGUGCAAUUCUCAAACUCUUCUUGUUUUUAUUAAUCAGGUUAGAUCAGGUUCAAAAUCUGGUAAUGGUUUUGGACAUAUGGAUGAGGUCACUUGUGGUGGAAAUGCCUUGAACUUCUAUGCAGCUGUGCGGCUGAGAAUUAAAAGAACAGGAUUGCUCAAAAUUGGGAAUGAGGUUACUGGGCUUGGGAUUUGUGUGCAAGUGGUGAAAAAUAAAUUGGCACCAGCAAUGAAAAAAGCUGAACUGCAGAUAAGGUUUGGGAGAGGCCUUUGCUGUGAAUCCGAGGUGUUGGACUUGGCUUGUGAACAUGGAGUCAUAGUGAAAGAAGGAAGCAACUACCUAAUGGAAGGGAAAGUAUUGAGUAAUGAACAUGAAGCAGAGCAGUAUCUAGCUGAAAAUCACGGGAUUUUUGAUGAGAUAGUCGGCAUCUUAAGAAGGCAGCUCUUUGAAGGAGAUAGAAUCUAAGGCAAAUCCCAUUACUUGUGUUUUUUUCAGCACUGAUGGAUGGACGGCUGCAUUUCAUGGCAUGAUGCUGAUGAAGGAUGAAGAUCCAUAUUGCCGACAAAAGAUGAAGUAUAUGUCAAGUUUGUGGAUUUUCGUCUCCAGGUAGUAGUGUGGCUCAUCUGAUGUUCCCUUCAUCAUCGAACACCUUGCUAAGGGCCUCGUUGCAUGUCAGAGAUAUAUUUCUUCUCCUCAAGGUUUGUCAGUGAAAUUGAUUGUUCACUCAUUCAACUUGUAAAUGGAACCCGGAUUGAGUUAGACUAAAGACCAUUGUUAUGCAAAGAGUAAUGCCUCAUGGCAUAGAAGUCUUGCAGAUAGGGAUUUAAUUGCUUCAUGGCUCGGGAUCUCUGUCUGUCUCUCAUAUUACUUUAGCCAAAACUGCAUAAGAUGGAGUGUUUCAAGUGUUGUGUGUAAUCUGUGGUUUUGAAUGUAAAAGAAGCAACUAUUACCUAGUUAUUAACAUGGCAAUUACAUUGCUUUGCUAUAAUCAUAAAGGGAUACGAUUUCCUUCCUGUA